UAUCUCGUCAUGUAGCGGUAAAGGAUGAGUUACGUAUCGCCUGUAGUAUAUUGGUUCGUUGCCUUAGCGGAUGGAGUGUAAAGUAUGUAGGCUAGCUAAGUUGUUUCAUUCCCGGAGCAUCAGAGUAUCAGCGUACCGGCUUCGUGGCUCUCUAAACACUUAAAAUGUCCCCAGUUUUGAUAAGGUUUUUUUACAGUGCAUUACUCUUUUGUACAAUAUUGUGCGACAACGACACGGAGGAAGAUGAACAUGCUAAGCACACUUACACGGUGGAAAUGUUCAACAGUGCCAUCACAACUGCUCCACACUUUGUGAUGUUCUUCGCACCGUGGUGUGGUCAUUGCCAGAGGCUACAGGGAACAUGGAAUGAGCUGGCAGAUAAAUACAACAGUAUGGAGUCUCCCCCAGCCUAUGUUGUAAAAGUAGACUGCACUAAGGACACAAAGUUUUGCUCAAGUGAACAUGGAAUCCGUGGAUACCCCACGCUAAAGCUCUUUAAGCCUGAGCAGGAGGCAGUGAAGUACCAGGGCCCACGAGACCUGCAGUCCCUGGAGUCCUGGAUGCUCAAAACUCUUCAAGAGGAACCCAUGGAGCCGGAGAGCGAGCCAGAGCCCCCCAAAGUUCCAGAGCCCUUGCAGGGCAUGUACGAGCUCACUGCAACAAACUUCAAAGCGCACAUCUCCAAAGGUUCUCACUUUGUGAAGUUCUUUGCACCAUGGUGUGGCCACUGCAAAGCCAUGGCUCCCACGUGGGAGCAGCUGGCGACCACAUUUGAACACUCUGACCUGGUCAAGAUUGGCAAGUUGGAUUGCACUCAGCAUUAUGAGAUCUGUUCAGAGAACCAGGUGCGAGGCUACCCCACACUGCUCUUCUUUACCGACGGGGAAAAGGUGGAUCAGUACAGGGGAAAGCGUGAUCUGGAGUCCUUUAAGGAAUUUGUAGAUAAUCUCUUAGCUGCUGCUGCUUCCAAGGCUCAGCCUGAUCCCGAGGACACAAAGACCAGUGAAUUACCCCUGAUUGCAGAGCCUGCUAAAGAUGAGUCCAGUGUCCUGGUCCUCAAUGAAAGCAACUUUGAUGAGGUUGUUGCCAAAGGUGUCUCCUUCAUCAUGUUUUAUGCUCCCUGGUGUGGCCACUGUAAAAACCUGGCCCCUGUGUGGGAGGACCUGUCCAAGAAGGAGUUUCCAGGCCUGAUGGAUGUAAAGAUUGCUAAAGUGGACUGCACUGUUGAGAGAACCCUCUGUAACAGAUUUUCGGUACAUGGAUACCCAACAUUGCUGAUUUUCUGGGCAGGCCAGCAAGGGGAGGAGUAUAAUGGGGGGCGGGACUUGGAGGGCCUCCACAGCUUUGUGAUGAAGCAGGCCAGAGACGAACUGUAGCUCCGCCUGUUACCCAUCACACCCUGCUCCGAUACCUUGUUUCCUAUGGUUUUCCUCCAAAAG